UACUGUAAACCUGUUGGCGAAGAUAUCCUAUCGCACAUGUCACUGUAAUAUCAAUGAGCCGUUCACUAAGUAAUUUCAACAUUGGGGGAGUGACCUGCUAACUGCGCAGCUUCAUGCCUAUCUGGGACUGAAAGGGCCGCUCUCCCGUAUUGGAAUCAACAUGUUCCAAAUGAAGCAAUGUAAGAGGCACGACUGCCUCACUGGGGCCUUACAUCGUGGUCAACGCAAGGCCGCUUUUUGCCUCGACUCAAGUGCCUCUGCGUGUAUCGUUCACAAGGGCUAGGCGGGCUUUCCAGCCUUCAUGCUUCGACCCCUGGUUCACUAUCGUCCAUACCAUUAGCGUGAUGCUUGGCAACAAACAGCCGCCAUCUUCCUCUCGAGGUCCGAAAGGAAAGGUUCCUGCCUACCAGCUCUCUGCUCGUGGUCUACGGUCAUCGCGCACAUCGGGGUCCUUACCCCAAGCCCCUGAGAUCCAUAUCACUGGUCCCCAGGAAACCCAGAACCUGAACAGUAUCCGCGGGAACGGACAAGAUGGACCAACAGGGUCGCAUCUUGAGGAGCCUCCUAGUGAUUCGGAGAUAUCCCCUUUGUGUUGUACUAUGGGGUGGUUCGGGCGUUGGUCAAGUCUCAAUUGCGGUGAUAGGUCAACUAUACCCCAAUUAGAACUGUCUGCGUUUCAUCACCAAGUCCCUGAUACCCCGCAACUAUCGCCAUUUCAUCUCGAUCCCAAGCAGCCUGCUCGUUCGACGCGCAGCAUCGACACUGCGCCCGACAGCGCUUCGAGCCUUCACUCACAACCAGAACGCGUGGAGUUGGACCCAGACGUGGAUUCGUCACUGGAGCCGGCUCCCGGAAAGAAGCCGAUCAUUAUCGGGACCACGGAGCUUAUUCUACAGGCUGCUACCUCCGCUCUUAAACUUUCUCCUAUUCCGCUUCUGAGCGAAAUUCCGGGUCUACUGCUGACAUUUCUCCAAGUUUACAAGACAGUUGACAGUAAUAGCGAAAACCUCAAAGGGCUAGAAAAUGAGGUCGUUAAAGCUUACACAACCAUCCUGCGACCACUCCAACUGUGGACAGGCGAGAUUCCUCCCGAAGUAAAGGCUCUAAUCGAGGAAUUCCAUUUGGCUUUGGACGAACAGACGAAGCAGAUUCGGGUACUUUCGAGUCAGAAGCUUGCAACGAGAAUCGUUUCAGCGUCCGACGUAACCCAACGGGUAAACAGCGUGAAGACUUGCAUCAACAACGCUGUCACAUCAUUCUCGACGAAGGCAGCGAUUUUGACACUCCUUCACACAAUUCAGUCUUCAACGCGAAGUACGCUUCUAUGCAGAUGCUUUUGGACUCUUUACUAAAGGGGACUACCAGCCGAACUCUCAAGACUCCCACGGGUCCCUGCUGAGCACACCUAUGUCACAGCCAAGUCAGAGUGCCUGGAAGG